AGGGCCGGCCGCCCUUGUCGCCGACGGGCCGCUCGCGAAGGCGCUGGAGGCCGCCGCAGCCCCACCACCGGGCGCGGGGCACGGGGCAGCCGCGGCAGCGGUAGGGCCGGCUGUGGUGGCGCCGGUGGACCCCGCCAGGGCCACAGCGGCCGCGCGGAGGUCGGCCGCUCCCGGAGCAGCUGCCCAGCCGCCGUCCCGCUCCGCGGGCGAAGAUGCGUCGUGCUGCUCCAGCCUCGCGCCUGCCGCGGGGAGCGGCGCGGGCGCCGCGUGCGAGGAGGACUCCCUGCGAGCGUGGGCGCAGCUGCUGGAG